UUGGUGAACAUUUUGACUACUGUGGGUUCGGUGUUCUUCUUAUGGCAAUUGAACAGGACGUUUACAGCUGAUUUCCGUUUCCAUUUUGGUAGUUGCUUCUUCUUUUCCCGCAGCGGAAAAACUUGCAACAAAGCUGCUACAGAUGAUUACAAUGCAAGGAUUCUCGAAACUAAAGUUACCUCUCUUAUGAUUGCUGACCAUUGCCACUCAAUCAUGAAACCUGGUCACAUUACUUACCCCACUCUAGCUCAAAUAAAAAAUCAGAUGAACAAAAAUUUCGAUGAGAUGCUUGAAUUGUCAACGAGUCCAUUCAAUGGACUCAAAGUUGUUAAAUUGUGCUCAAAUCGUAGUCUAUCUGGUGACCAAAUCUUGAUUGAAAUAGGACAAUUGAUGAAUGAAAGUCAUGAUAGCUGUUCAAAUCUGUAUGAAUGCAGUUGCCCAGAAGUGGAUACAUUGGUUGCUCAUGCUAAUUCAUUUGGUUCACUCAUUGGAUCAAGAAUGACUAGAGCUGGGUUGGGUGGUGUUGUCUCACUGGUACCAGAGUAACUGUCCUCUCAAUUUCACGAAUUAAUGGCCCAGAUAUCAUUAUUCACAGGUGUUAGUCUGCCUAGUCAAGGAAAAAUCAUCUAUAUCUAACCUUAAACCCCAAUUAAAGUCUUAAAUUUCGAAACCCUAGCAGUCUGUUUCUUGAUUGGUUGAUUUUUUAAAGCAAUAGUUGCGCGCGUUUUGUCGGUUGAGUCUCACUGUUGCCACUUUUUUGUUUUCUUUUGUGCAUUGCUAUUUUAAACAAUCGUGUGGAAAGUUACUUUCUUUAUUGUUCUUUACUUUUUUUGUUUGGCCUAACAAUUAAACAAGCUUAAAAACAUCGUUUGUUGCUCAUUUUUGUUGUCCAUUCACCUGUUACUCCACAUUAGAAAUAACCAAUCCACAUUUUAAGUAUUGUUGCACAUUUACUUAAUUAAAAUGAGUUCUGGCUCCAAAUUUAUUGUUGACUGGUUGAUUUUUGCGAGUGAUGGCCUCGAGGACAAUAAUGAUAAUCCAAAGGAUAGGAGAAGACAUAAAAACAAUAAUCAUCGCAAAGGUAGCAAUCUCAAAAACAAGAGAAUCAAAAUCAGAAAUGGCAAUGUGCCCGAAGCACGAGAUGAGAACAAGGAUGCUCCACAAUUUGAUCAGCAGCUUUCUCUUUAUGUAGACAAUUAUGAAGGUACCAACUUUGAAAAGGGCAAGUAUUGAUGUUGCCACAAUUAUGAUGAUUUUACGUUGACUGUAUUGCCGUUGGACUGGUUCUAUGUCAUGAGCCAACAAAUAAGACUCUGUUUGAAUGAUUGAUAUAGAAUGUCCUUUGGUCAUCACGAUAUCUUGGUUUCACCUAAUGGAUAGAAAAAUAUUUUUUAACCUAAAUAAUUUUCAUUGAACUAGCCCCUUUUUUGUAUUUAAUCAUCGGUCAAGUAAUUUCAUCAAAUUUUGUAUUAUCUUCUACCUCAAUGAUAAACCCUUCAUUUCCAUUAAUCCUAUUUCAAUAAUUUUCCUCUCAAUCCACAAUUUCAAAUGUAUCUUGAAAGAAUGCAUUUCACAACAUGUAACCUAAAUAACAAAAUGUUAAAGUAAACAUUUCAUGAUAAAUCCUUGAA